UAAUGAAGUUAAAACUCUGCGGUGGAGUAGCUUGUUCUUUUCUUUAUAUAAAAAGUAUGGAAUAAACCACAAUAUACUCCCUAAUAAACUUGAAUUUGAGAUUGAGGGAAAAAUGAUAAUCAAAAAUUUUGUUUGCUGAAGAUUUAACUUCAGUAGCAGCUGAGCGUAAGUUACCUGGAAGAUCCACUACCCAAUAUCACAUUCUCAUCCUCUGUUGGCACUGAGUAGCACCUUACUAUGGAUGAAGAAGGAGCAAUAUCAAGGUCACUACUUUCCGGAAAAAGGCUCAAUGGGGUUGGUCAAAAUAGUGCAGCAACAAGCGAGAAUUCAUCGCCUUUCACGUUUAUGCUUAUUUUCAGCUCCUUGAUAAUUGUCUGUGGUUAUUACAUUCUUGGAAAUACUAUGGGAUACACAUCACCUGCUGAAUCUGGAAUUCUGGACGAACUGGGGCUUUCAUUGCCUGCAUAUUCCCUUUUUGGUUCAGCAACAACCAUUGGGGGAAUAGUAGGUGCAUCAAUAUGUGGGAAGGUAGCAGACUUUGCUGGUCGGAGAGGUGCAAUUUGGGUGUCUGAUACAUUCUGCAUUAUAGGUUGGCUUGCAAUAGCAUUAUCAAAGGGUGCCCAGUCUCUUGUUCUUGGAAGAAUAUUAAUGGGAGUUGGAGUUGGAAUUCUUGCUUAUGUGGUACCUAUUUAUAUUGCGGAAAUUACUCCAAAGAAUUCUAGAGGAGCAUUUGUGUCUCUUAUCACGAUAAUGGCAAGUUGUGGCAUAUCAAUUACAUAUAUCAUUGGUUCUGUCUGUCACUGGCGCAUCUUGGCUCUAGUUGGUAUUAUUCCAUGUCUAAUACAGUUUCUCGGCGCAUUCUUCAUUCCAGAGUCUCCGAGAUGGCUGGCAAAAGUUGAUCGAAUACAAGAUAUGGCGGUUGCUCUCAAAUGCCUUAGGGGAAACAAUGCUGAUGUUUCCCAUGAAGCAGAUGAAAUCACUCACUAUAUACAAAGUUAUCUUAAUGACAAAGCAGAAGAUGGAAUUAAGGAACUGUUCCAGAAAAAAUAUGCCCGUGCAGUUAUGAUCGGAGUUGGGUUGAUGGCAUUGCUACAAUUUGGAGGGUUCAAUGGCUAUACACUUUAUCUGAGUUCUAUUUUGGAGUCAGCUGGUAUCUCCAGUAGUGUUGGGUCUUUAGCAGCAAGUAUAAUACAGAUUGUGAUGAACUUUUGCACCUUGUUCUCAAUUGAUAAAUUUGGAAGACAGCCACUCCUAGUGGUUUCUUCAACAGGAAUGUGCUUUGGUUCAUUCCUUACAGGACUUUCCUUCCUGUUGCAGGCCAGUAAUGUAGGGAAGGAAAUCACUCCUGUUAUGGCACUUAUAGGAAUAUUGGUAUUCAUAGCAUUUUUUGCAAUAGGUGUGGGAGGAAUACCCUGGAUUAUGGUGGCAGAGAUUUUUCCUGUAAACAUAAAGAGUUCAGCAGGAAGUUUAGUGAAUGUGGUGAGUUCAGUUGGGUCAUUUACUGUAGCAUAUACCUUCAACUUUCUGUUCCAAUGGAGCUCAUCAGGAGUGUUUUUCAUAUAUGCAAUCAUUUCUGGUUUUGGAGUUGUAUUUGUUGGGAAACUGGUACCAGAGACUAAAGGAAGAACACUUGAAGAGAUCCAAGCAUCAAUAGUUACCAAAAUUGAUGUAUCACUCAAAUCUACUGAAGUUUUUUGUAUUUGCUUUCUUGUUCACGAAAAUAAAGAAAUGGAGAGAGCAAAUAUGGAAGAAGAUUUCCUCCCAACCUCUACACUUAUUCUUGUAGAAGAAGGUAAACCCAUCAAUGGCUCCUUACCAAUUAUAAAAAGUGAACCUUCAGUCACUCCUGCUGUUGUCUUCAGUACAAUAGUCGCCAUCAGCGGUUCUUUUGGUUCGGGCUGUGCUUCAGGGUAUUCAUCCCCUGCAGAAUCUGGAAUCAUGGAAGACCUGGGCUUGUCUGUAGCAGCAUAUUCCUUUUUUGGUUCUGUAAUUACAAUUGGAGGGAUCAUAGGUUCACUAGUAAAUGGAAAAAUGGCAGAUCUCAUUGGUCGAAGAUUUGCUAUGUGGGUAUCUGAAUUUUUCUUCAUUACUGGGUGGUUCGCUAUAGCAUUUGCACAGGCUCCUUGGUUGCUGGAUCUUGGAAGACUUUUAUUGGGAAUUGGAAUAGGAAUUAUCGCGUAUGUGGUACCAGUAUAUAUUGCAGAGAUAACACCUAAGAAUGUGCGUGGAGGAUUUACAAGUGCUAACCAGUUCAUGUUAUGCUGUGGCUUUUCACUAGCAUAUUUCAUAGGAACUGUUGUGUCCUGGCGUACUUUGGCUCUCAGUUGUGCUGUUCCAUCUGCUUUGCAUAUUCUAGGUAUAUUCUUCAUUCCAGAGUCUCCAAGAUGGUUGGCGAAAGUUGGUCGAGAAAGAGAAUUAGAAGCGAGUCUGCUGCGCCUAAGAGGAAAGAAUGCUGAUAUUUCACUAGAAGCUACAAACAUUAGAGACUAUACCGAGACAUUUCAAGGGCACUCAGAAACUAGACUUUUAGAUUUGUUCCAGCAAAGAUAUGCUCUUGCUCUCACUGUUGGAGUUGGGAUAAUGCUGUUUCAACAACUUGGAGGGACCAAUGCAAUUGCAUACUAUGCCAGCUCCAUUUUUGAAAAAGCCGAUUUUUCAAGUAAUGUUGGGCUGAUAUCAAUGGCCAUUGUUCAGAUUCCUUCUGUUGGUGCCACUAUAAUCUUAACAGAUAGAGCUGGAAGGCGGCCACUUCUGUUGGUUUCUGCCUCUGGUAUGUGCUUAAGUUGUUUCCUUGUGGGACUAGCAUUCUGCCUGCAGGACUUCAACAAGGGACAGGGGAUCACUGGAAUUCUAGUGUACAUUGGUAUCCUGGGAUUCAGUAUAGCUUACUCAGUAGGCAUGGCUGGAAUACCUUUUGUUAUAAUGUCUGAGAUAUUCCCAAUAAACGUAAAGGGUACAGCUGGAAGUUUGGUGACAAUAGUGAACUGGGCAAGCUCCUGGAUUGUUUCAUAUGCUUUCAAUUUUUUGAUGGAAUGGAGUUCUGCUGGAACAUUUUUUAUAUUCUCGGGCAUUUGCGCUUCAGCUGUUGUGUUCAUUGCAAAGGUAGUGCCAGAGACUAAGGGUAGGAUGUUGGAAGAACUACAAGCAUCUAUUACCCACUUUCUUCAGUGAAGAGAUUAAAGAACCCAUUUACUGUAAUUGUACUUGUGAGUUCAGUUGUAUCACCAACAGUAUACUAUUUGACGCCCUUGAAUUGCCAAAAAUAAUAAAAAAAAGGAAAAGUUUUGAUCUUGUUCA